AUUUAUCUCGGGACCAUGCUGAACUCUUCGCUCUGCCCAAUAUGGUUGAGCCCACUGCACGUAUACGUCCGUUCAAGGCAGAAGAUGAAAAGCUUGCGAAAUUCACCAUUGCCAAGGCGAAUAUGGAGGGGCUGACGACGGCGAAUACCAAAAGUUGGUUACACCCUUUGACUCUCAGUAUAUGGGUUGCCCUAUCUUGCAUCUGGAUCCAAUAUAUGCAAUGGUGGCCAAACGCUUCCAUCGGCUAUCUAUCUUAUUUGAAGCCCCUGCCAGCAUUUGCUUCUCUCGCGGUACCCAUCUUAGCAUUGGUUGAUUGGAUAAAUCGACCGCAUUUCGAAAAAGUGCUACAAAUGGUCCUUCGAAAGCCAGAUAUGCGCGACUUGGCUGGCUAUUAUGCUCGUACUCCAUCUUCCGGUUUUUGGCUACUCGAAUACGGAGACAACAUCGUCGGCCUGAUUGCUGUUGACGCAUCGCUCGAUUCCGACUCCAGUCCAGACACUAAAAAGAAAAACAGCCAGCCAGUAUCUUCCACCGCGGUGAUCACCCACUUCUCCGUUGACGAAAAGUAUCGGUCCACCGGCGUUCAGGAUGAUCUUCUUACAUAUGCUGUCCGUCAUGCUUUUGCGUCCAGUCCUACCGUUCAGCGUGUAGAAGGCAUCGACGAUCCUCUGGUCGAAUUUACCGGUCCUUGUUAUACUGCUGCAGGAUUCAAAACAGAGUCAGUCCUGGAACCAAUUGGCGUGUUCAAAUGGAGACCGAGAAAAAGAGUCCUAGAAAGGUCAGCAUGGGAGGAAAGAGAGGCAGCAGCGUCCCGGUAGUUGUAAUCGUACUAGUUAUUACUUAUCUUCUAUUUGGGUAAUAUACGGAAUUUCUAUUUCAGCCUUCC